AUGCCCUAUAGAUAUAGUUUUAUAGUACUUCAAGACAAUAUCAGGAAUAUAGUAGCAUGUGGUAGAGAUUUAACAACUGAAUUGGAUAAAAAAUUUUCAAAUUUAUCAUUUAGUCAUUAUUGA